CUUCUGCUGAAUCUUCUUUGACCGGAGUCUGCGUGCAGUCUUUGGUCCGGCGGAGUUGGUUCGACGUUUAUUUCCCAACAUUUCUCCGUCCAGGAAUACAAAAGUGAUGCACCUCCGUGACCGUCCGCAUCCAGUGGCAGAGGAGGACAAGCGGUGACAACUUUUAUAUCACGUUUCAUCUCUACGAACGGAGUACUUCUAUUUUUUUUCACCCGAAGAAGAAGAAGACGCUGAGUGUUGCGUCCUCAAGAAAUGUCGGACUGCUUUUAAAGAAACUUUUUCUGUAUCCAUGUGGGAAAGGAAACACUUCAGAGUCACUUCUGCUACUUUGUUGUGUCUGUACGGGUUGUGAGCUGUCGUGUUUCAUCGCAGGAAUGCCUCAUUUGUAGCUCCAUGUUAAAUCUUUUUGCCGUCCAGCGGGCUCUACUGGAUAUAAACGAGGACGUGUUUUUUUUUUUUGCGCAGUAAUUUGGUGUAGAUGGAUCGCCAGUCCAGUUUCAUUUCCAUUUGGCUUCAACUGGAACUUUGUGCCAUGGCUGUUCUUCUUACUAAAGGAGAAAUAAGGUGUUACUGUGACGCACCGCACUGUGUAGCCACCGGAUACAUGUGCAAAUCAGAACUGAAUGCCUGCUUCACAAAGGUCCUGGACCCUCUCAAUGCAAACUCUCCCCUCACGCACGGGUGUUUAGACCCCAUCGCCAACGCAGCAGACGUCUGCAGCAGCAGCAGCAGCAGCUCGAGGGUCUUGGACGCCCUCAGUGGAGCCUCGUCUGCGACGCUGGAGUGCUGCCACGAUGACAUGUGCAACUACAGAGGCCUGCAUGACCUGGCGCACACCAGGGACUCGACAGAUCACAGUCGGUACCAGCCAGACGGCAACAACAGGAACCUGGUGACCCGGGUUCAGGAGCUGGCCUCGGCUAAGGAGGUUUGGUUCCGGGCAGCGGUGAUCGCAGUCCCCAUUGCCGGCGGCCUCAUCCUGGUGCUGCUCAUCAUGCUGGCGUUGAGAAUGCUACGCAGCGAGAACAAGCGUCUGCAGGACCAGCGGCAACAGAUGCUGUCGCGGCUCCACUACAGCUUCCACGGCCAUCACACCAAGAAGGGUCACGUGGCAAAGCUGGACCUGGAAUGCAUGGUUCCCGUGACAGGACACGAGAACUGCUGCCUGACCUGCGAUAAGAUGAGGCAGGCCGACUUAGGCAAUGACAAGAUCCUGAGUCUGGUGCACUGGGGGAUGUACAGCGGACAUGGCAAGCUGGAGUUUGUAUGACUCCUGCUGGGACUUUGUGACACAAACAGCCAGGACUGCCUCGAAAUCGUUGGCUUUUGCUUUUUUUUUUAACUUUAAAAGACAUUCCCUUUAUUCGUCCAUUGGACUUUUGGGUUUGAGUUUUUAUUUUAACCAGUGGCGAAAAAAUACGAGACUGAUCUCAUGCCGUGUGGUUUUUGCUAGAGGAGCACUUUACUUGAAAAUGAAAGAGCAAAGCAGCGAGGAGCUGUAUUUAAACUUGAGCGGGCAGGACUGAGGUGGAGUGAGAGCUUUGUCCCUGCUCCGGAGGAUCCUGGACUUUUUUCUACACUGAGCGCUGAAGGAUUCCAAAUCUGUCUUAUUUGCACAUUUGUAAAAAAAAAAAAAAAAAAGAAAGUAAAAAAAAGUUGUCGUUGCUUAAAACAAGAAUUUUACACUGACACCAGGGUACAAACAAUGAGUUGUUUUUCUUGAGGAGUAAAAAAGAAUCAGUGUUUGACUGUAGAUGUGCACACUCCUCUGUGUACGUUUCAUGAUUCAAGCUUAUUGUAAAGAUUUAAAUAUAUCUAUUUUUGUCUGAUAAAGUGACCUGUUCGUGUCUUGUUCUGGGUGAAUGUCCAACAUCUCUCUGUGAUCAGACUAUAAGCUUGAUUGUGAGUGUGAAAGAAAACUUCCAUUAAAAUGACUUUUUAUUUA